AUGGCGAGUUGGGAAUCAAACGGUCAUAUCCAGCAGCCACGCUUCCUCAUAUGGGGAGGCAAUGGUUGGAUUGCUGGUCAGUUGAAACGCCUUCUUGAGGAGCAGGGCAAGGAAGUUCACACCACGACAAUCCGCAUGGAAAACCGGGAAGCUGUGCUUUCGGAGCUCUUCCUCAUCAGGCCAACGCACGUUCUGAAUGCCGCCGGAUGCACUGGGAGACCAAAUGUCGACUGGUGCGAAGACAACAAAUCCCAGACGGUACGAUCCAACGUCAUUGGCACAUUGAACUUGGCAGAUGCUUGCUUCCAAGCCAAGAUCCAUUGUACCAUCUUCGCUACGGGCUGCGUGUAUCAGUACGACAAGACACACCCCAUCGGAGGGCAUGGUUAUACGGAGGAAGACCGCCCAAACUUUGAGGGAAGCUUUUACUCUUUAACCAAGAGCCACGUUGAGCCGAUCCUAAGCAGUUAUUCCAACUGCCUCAUUCUUCGUCUUCGCAUGCCUGUUAGCGAUGACCUUCAUCCGCGCAACUUUGUGACAAAGCUCCUUGGCUACGAGAGAGUAGUUGACAUCCCCAACAGCAACACCAUGCUUCAUGAUCUUUUGCCUGCUUCCAUCAUUCUUGCGGAGCAUGGUGAGACUGGUAUCUACAACUUUACCAAUCCGGGUGCCAUCUCCCACAACGAGGUUCUUACGCUCUUCAAGGAAAUUGUGAGGCCAGAAUUUAGCUGGAAGAACUUUACCCUGGAUGAACAAGCUAAAGUCAUCAAGGCAGGCCGCAGUAACUGCACGUUGGACACGACUAAGCUGGUUGCUAAGCUCAGGGGGUACAGAUAUGAGAUUCCUGAGAUUCACGAAGCCUACGAGAAGUGUUUCGAGAGGAUGAAGGCUGCGGGCGUAAAAUGA